AUGCUCGAUUCGCAACCAGCCAUAAAACGCUCCUCCUCGUCGCAAUCAGAGCGACCAACCGAAGGCCCCGAUUCCAAACGCCUGAAGCGUCCAUAUCACCACAGGCACCAAUUCCAGAAUCCCGUUACGCCGGCGCUCGCGGAGCCCGCUAUCGCUGAUAAUGCCGCUGUGGACCAUUUAAUGAAUCGCGCUAUUGGGGUAUCGCUCAGGGAGAGUGGGUUUGAUUUGGCUGAGCCGGUUGCGAUGGAUGGGUUUCGCAGUGCGGCUGAAGAGUAUCUCGUUACGUUUGUUUCCUACGUGCAUCAGUCGAUGCUUAGUAGUCGACGGAUACAGCCUAUUCCGCAGGAUUUCGAACACGCCUUGACACGAAACCACCUGUCUCCCGAUGAUCUCCUUCCCUACCUCAAAUCUCCUACCGCUGAACCGACCCCGACACUCUUACCGAGUCCCCCGCCAGAAGAAGAUUCCUUCAAAGGUAUAUCCUUCCUCGGCCCGCAGCUCAGCGGCGAAGACGACCGUGCCAGGAGCGCGCAUAUCCCGAAACAUUUCCCCGAAUUUCCGAGCAAACACACCUACCGCCAUACGGCUGUGUUUACGGAACGAGAAUCAGAUCCAAGGAAAAUCCGUGAGCGCGCGACAGAGGAUGGCCGACAUGGAGAGGAGGCUCUACGGAAGCUGGCUCGUGCCGCGUUUCAGGAUAACCAACUUGGAUCCACAGGGCAGGAAAAGAAGCUGUGGGGACGGCGAAUGGAGAGCAUGGAUAGUAUGUUCGAGAAGACGGUGAAAGCGCUGGCGAAGAAGUCACCGAAGAACACGACUGUGGCCGGGAUGGCGGCGCCGAUGGAGAUUGAUUCGGGAGCUGGGCCGGAUGUGGAAUUGAAGACAUCCAGGUCGAAGGUGUCGUUGAAUCUCGAGUUGCCGCCGAUAAUCAACUGCGAAAGAGAUCUCUGGCGACGGACAACUGCAUCAAGAAGUGGAGAGAAUCAUUCAAAACCAGAAGAAAAGCCGAAUGGCAAGCCUGAGACUGGGGAUAUUUCACGGAUGGAUAGUUGGGUGAGCACAUGA